GGGCGUCCACCUCUUCUCUCCGACCACGUCCUCCUCCUCCAUGGCUCCUCUCGCGGAUUUCCUGCUCUCGCGCCUCCAUCUCGCGUCUAUCAAGCUUCCUUAUGAGUUGACGCACUAUGUGCCCGGGAAGACGUUGCUGUCGACCCCGCAGGAGGUCUUCCCGACCCUUGUCGCGUAUCUCGUCAUCAUCUUCAGUAUCCAGGCAUGGAUGAAGGAUAGGCCCGCGUAUAAGCUGCAGUUCCUCUUCCGCGUCCACAACGCGUUCUUGAGCAGCGGGAGUCUCCUGCUCGUUCUGUGCAUGUUGGAGGAGGUCAUCCCGAAGUACCUCGAGCACGGUACCUUCUGGGCACUAUGCCACGACGAUAUGUGGACCUCUAGACUCGAAUUCUACUACAUGAUCAACUAUUACUUCAAGUACAUCGAGCUCAUAGACACCGUAUUCCUCGCCCUUAAGAAGAAGCCCCUCGCCUUCCUCCAUGUCUUCCACCACUCCGCAACGGCUCUCCUAUGCUAUACUCAACUUAACGGGAAAACUAGUGUUCAAUGGGUCCCUAUUUCCAUCAACCUCACGGUUCAUGUGAUCAUGUACUACUACUACUACGCGACUGCUGGUGGUGCCAGGAUAUGGUGGAAGAAAUACCUCACGUCGUUCCAGAUUGGGCAGUUCAUCAUCGACCUCUUCGUCGUCUACUUUGCCACGUACUCGUACUACGCCGCCAACUACUUCCCCAACCUGCCGAACAUGGGUAGCUGCGCUGGCACGGAGACGGCUGCUGUCUUCGGCUGCGUGUUGCUUUCGAGCUACCUCCUGCUGUUCAUCCAGUUCUACAUUGCGACGUACAAGAAGCCCGCAGGGAAGAAGGCUGUUGCGAACGGCAAGGCGAACGGCGCCGCUAACGGCCUCAAAACCGAGUGAUCGCCUCCUGGUGCACUAUGCAUCCGGUCGAUGUGACGCUCGUCAUUCCCACACCGCGUUGACGUGGCGGUACUGUUGAUACCCUAAAGCCGCCCCGUCAAUGUAAUUGACCCGGCCCUUCGCUUCAUCGUCUUUCUUUCAUUAUAUUUUACCGUAGAUCACGAUAGUUGUAAACCGGGCGCCCUUGCGGAGAGCGUUGGGCAAUGACGAAUCAAGCAGAGGAGCGAUGAAGACAAGGUCCUACCGCUGUGUGAUGGCGUGUCUCGUCGAGUGGAAAUCUGUCCAGUGCACAAGCGGGGGGAACAUGAGGCUCCUUCUGACUGGGUCUCCGGUAUAUUUCAUCGCAGGCACGUUGUAAAAUGCGCAAGCGCUUCAAUGAAGUAGAGCCUCUAUAGAAGGUCUACGGGACUACCCUUGUCCGCCAACCACAUCGCGCAGAUGACCUCCGCGAAGCGCAACAACCAAGCACCCACAUACGCCUCCUGCAUAUUCAGGGCAUCAGACUUCUAUGGACAGUGAACGUCGCCGCGGGCAGGCUCCGUUCUGCCAAUAGGAAGACGAACCGU